UGCCCAUAAAGUCAUGCAAAAGAGGCAGAGAGAGAGAGGGGGUGUAUAUAAGCACAGACAAUUUCCACCAUCAGUACCUUUCCCCAAGCUGAACUCCUCGUUUGCUUUUUUCUCUCCGCUCAACACUCAACACACAAACCAUGGCUUUUUCUGGCAAGUGGGAAACUGAAUCUCAGGAUGGAUAUGAGGAAUUUUGCAAACUAGUUGGUAUCCCUGAUGAUGUAAUUACAAGAGGACGUGACUUUAAGCUAGUGACAGAGAUCAUCCAGAACGGAGAUGACUUUACAUGGAUCCAAUACUAUCCAAACAACCACACCGUAACCAAUAAAUUCAUCAUUGGCAAAGAGAGUGACAUGGAGACAGUUGGAGGGAAAAAAUUCAAGGGGACCGUCAACAUGGGCGGGGGCAAGCUGUCCAUAGAUUUCCCCAAGUACCACCACACAUCAGAGGUCAGUGGUGGAAAGCUGGUUGAGACCUCCACAGCUAGCGGCGCUAAGGGUCCAGUCGUUUAUGUUCGUACAAGCAAGAAGAUCUAACAGGCAUUGUUGAAAUACAUGACAUUGUUCUGCUAUGUAUACAACCCUUUGACCUUCAGCUUACUUGAAUA